AUGAUUGGGAGAAAUAAGAAGGCGGUGUUUUCUUUCCUUAAAGAUAGAAUUUGGAAAAGAAUCAACUCCUGGAGUGGUCGUUCCUUAUCUAGAGCAGGGAAGGAAGUUAUGAUCAAAUCAGUUCUGCAGUCGAUCCCGGCCUAUAUUAUGAGUCUCUACUUGAUCCCGGAUGGUGUGGUGCAAGAUAUUGAAAAAAUGCUGAAUUCUUUUUGGUGGGGAGGAGGUCGCCACAACAAAGGUAUUAGGUGGAUGUCAUGGGAGAGGAUGACUAUCUUGAAAAGUGAAAGAGGUAUGGGAUUCAGAGACUUUAGAGCGUUUAAUUUGGCCAUGAUUGCAAAGCAAAGGUGGAACUUUUUGUCAAAACCAAAUUCUCUUGUGGCUAAAAUAUUCAAAGCAAGGUACUUUCCUCGUUCCUCUUUUCUUGAUUCCAAGAUUGGUAAUAAUCCAAGCUUUCUAUGGAGGAGUUUGUGGAAGGCGAAGGAUGUGUUAAAAUUGGGGAGUAGGGGGAGUAUUGGAGAUGGUAGUUGUAUUAAAGUUAUGCAUGAUGCGUGGCUCCGCGAGAAGGAUAGUUGGUGGCUUAAUGGUCCUCAAAAGCAAGAAGCUUAUGAUCUUUCUGUCAAAAAUCUUAUGCGACCCGAUGUAAAACAAUGGGAUGUGGUUAAAGUGAAUCAAGUUUUUGGGAGGGAGGAGGCCGAAACUAUUCUUAGUAUUCCUUUAGUGGAGGAUGUUGUGGAGGAUAGGUUGAUUUGGCAAGAGGAACAAAGUGGUGUUUAUAGUGUGUGA